AUGAGCUACAGGACCCACCUCACGGUUCUCGAGCAGUCAGCUGCACUCUACUCCUCCUCUCCUGCUUUCAAGCUUCCCCGAUCGUCUGCUAUCGACAAGACUGUCGUCGAGGAAUGGGUCUCUGUCUCUUACGAGCAGUUCCUUCUCGACGUCGAACGGUCUGCACGACACUGGGCUCGCACGCUCUCUGCGCACGGGCUUCCAAGCCGUUCCAUAGUUGGUCUCUGGCUUGGCGGCACAACGUACCUGGACGUCCUCCACGUCUACGGCAUUGCAAGGGCAGGGUAUAUCCCGCAGCUCUUCUCCCUUCGGCUGCCAAGCCCUGACGUGGUCUACGAGCUCCUCCACCGAGCCGGCGCACAGGCGUUGGUAUUCGAUCCUGCCUUUGCAUCCAUUGUCGUCAACUGCCCCAUACCCGCCGAGCUUGCUGUCGACAUCCGCUCGAUAGACGUCAGUGACGCAGUUCUGCCACCUCUCUGGGUGCCGUCAAACGGCGAUGAGAUUGUCAUGAUCUACCACACCUCGGGGUCUACCUCUGGCAGCCCCAAGCUCGUCCCUUGCACUGCGGACUGGGUGAAUGCCACCGUCCAGAAAGCGGCGCACGUCACUCGCCCUCGCAGCUCAGAAAGGCAAGAUGUCACCGUCUGGAUAGGGUCGAUGUCCCACAUCGGGCAGACGUUCAUGCUCAUGGGCUUCCUCCAGCACGGCUCGUGCACUGUCCAGCCCACGCAGCUCCCCUUCUCUUCGGUUGAGCUCCUGGACAUGAUCCGCCGCUGCGGUCUGAACCGCCUGAACCAGUUCGCGUCCUUCCUCGGCACCCAUCUCCGCAACGCACGCUCAAAUCCCGCCCUUCUUGCUGCCCUCAAGUCCCUCGACGAGCUUCUGUACACUGGGCUACCUCUCGCUGCCGAGGAGGAAGCGUGGGCAUACGCCAAUGGCAUCCUCAUCAAGAACUGCUUCGGCAGCACAGAGGUCGGGGCGAUGAUGCUCUCCGUCGGUGGGAGGGGGAAGGACGCCGCCCACCUGCAUGUCAUCGAGGGCACCGCAUACGAGUUCCGCCCCGUUACUCCCUCCACCGAGCGCGACGCCGAGACAAGCAAGUCGGAGACGGGAUACGCAGACGCCAACCAGAGGCUGCUUGAGCUCGUCAUCCUCUCCCACUCUGGUGACUGCCCUCACCCCUCGCUGCGCCACCCUGACGGACACUACCACACCGGCGACCUGUUCCUGGAGGUCGCGCCAGGGCGGUACGUCUCCCGCGGACGCGACGACGACUGGAUCAAGUCUGCGACCGCCCUGCGCUGCGACACCAAGGCGAUCGAGGAGAACGUGCUCGCGACAUGCGCCGACAUCGUCGCCGCCUGCAUCGUAGUCGGCAACGGCCGCCCAUCCCCCGCGCUCUUCGUCGAGCCCAAGGGCGACUUGGACGCGGAGAAGCUCAAGCGCGACAUCAUCCGCCGCACGCGGCACUUCCACGCCCGUCGCUACGUGCACGAGCGGAUCGUGUCCGCCGCGUUCGUGGUGGUCGUCCCCGCCGGUACCCUCCCCCGCACCGCGACCAAGGGCAACAUCCGUCGCAAGGCGGUCGAGGAGAAGUUCAGGGAUGAGCUCGAUAGGAUAUAUGCGACCUGUUAG